AGGGUUGUUGCGUUUGUAGCAAGUAGCAGCAAUUCUCUCGAUCGAUCACUGCUUCCAAAUACAAAUUCACAAAAAGAAUAAAAAGAAAAAAUCAACUCUCUUCUUCAUCAAAUAUGUAAUUAUGCUAUUUUAGAUUGGACAAUCAUGUUUCAUACUCUAGAAUCGCAGUUUUUAUAUAAUUAAUUGCUUCUAUUUAUUUAUUAUUUAAUUAAUAAUACAACACAGUUAAUCGAUCGCUCGCUCGCUCACUCUCACUCACUGCCUAACUCGCUUGCUCGCUAUGUCUCUCCCUCUCGGCAAAUUAACCAUCCUCGUCGGUGCAGGUAUACUUGGCUCUGUUCUUGCAAAAGAAGGGCGCUUGUCCAGUGUUCCCGAUUUUGUUUCAGGUGCAUUCAAGAUUGCUUUUAAGCAAAUUUCACGGGAGGAUUCUACUUCAUCAUCAAAUGGCAAGCCAAUUAAUGCCUCUUUGAUGGCUCAGGUCAACAGUCUUCGGCAGGAGUUGCAAUUGUUAGCAUCAAACAGACCAGUAACAAUUGUAACUGCAAGUGGGACAGGUGCAGGUGCAGGUAAAUAUGGCACAAUUGUUCUAAUUGUUGUAGUUGGAUAUGGCUAUGUUUGGUGGAAGGGUUGGAAACUUCCUGACAUGAUGUUUGCAACAAGGCGUAGUUUAUCUGAUGCUUGCACUUCCAUAGCCCAACAGCUUGAGAAUGUUUAUGCGUCCAUCAGGAGUACUAAGAGGGAAUUGUCUUCAAAUAUUGAACACUUAGAUUCUACUUUAAAUGAGGUUGCUGCACUCACUUCUAAUACACGAGAAAAGGUUACUGAACUGUUAGAAGAUUCAUCAAGGUUUGAUCAAGACGUUCGAAAUGUCCGUCAAACUGUUCAGACGCUGGGAAUGAAAAUCAGUAGAAUAGAAGAGAAGCAGGGAUUGACAAUGCAUGGAGUAAAGAAGUUGGUUGACUACACUUACAAUUUGGAAAAUAACUUGCUUCAAGAGAAUACUCAGGCUGCAUCAUCCAGUUCACGAAUUACAUUCCCAUCGAAGAAUGCCUUGCCUCCUCCAUCAAAUGAGCCAACAUCUCCCUCUGUUUCCAAUGGGUCUCUUGAGGUUCAGCGGCCCCUCAAUGCUACUCCCUCAGUCGCAGUCCAGAAGAGUAAUGGGAUUCUUGGAGCAGUGGAAAUUUCAAACAGUCCUGGGAUUUCUAAUGGCAUCAUUGCUCCAGAGGGAACAAACAAUGGCUCAUCAAGUUGGUUCAGAUCAACAUAUCUUACGAGAAUCCGUAGUGCAACAAGUACUGUGCUACAUCGAACAAGUUCCAGCACACAACAAUCUUGAUGAGUUCUUUACUUUUCUAUUUUUUUUCCCUUGAAAUCUUCAAUUUUAAUGCAGUAAUUAGUUGUUACUUGGGGAGGUCUUCCAAUGGAUAUGGGUACCAGAGUGGUACUAAAUUUUGUAGGGUUGUUUAUGAUACUCAUAUCAUCUUGGUAUAUGUAUAAAAGAAAAAUUUCGGUUGA